AUGAAUGUUCUAAAUAAUGCGCGUGCAAUUUGUCCUAAUCUUUGGACCGGGCUGUGCUGUCAGAAUUUAACUUGUAUAAAAACUGUACGGGAGGUGCGACGAAAACGAGCGUCUGUCAAUAAAAGCGAUGCACCUCUAACGAGAUUUUGUAGAAACAAUCUUGAGCAAAUACCGAGUCUGAGUAUGUGGGUACAAGUGCGAUACCACAAAGAAUGUCCUCGUCUUCACCGCGAUAUCGAAUUCCCAAACUUUAAUCCGUACAGGAAAGAUCAAUACAAGGAUGUGAGAAAGACAAGAUGGGGUGCGGGCGACGAGAAGUCCGGAGUGACCUACACGAUUGGCUUCUUCGGAUUGCUCUGUGGAUCGUAUGCUGUAAAAUCCGAGCUAGUACAUUUCAUUUCUUACAUGGCCGCAGCCGCUGACGUGUUAGCUAUGGCAUCGAUAGAAGUAGAUCUGACCAAAAUCACACCCGGGGCUUGUGUCUCAUACAAAUGGCGUGGAAAACCGCUUUUCAUUAAGCGUAGAACUCAAGCAGACAUCGAUAUUGAGGCAAAGACUCCAUUGUCGGUUCUACGCGAUCCAGAGACCCCGGAACAACGUACUACGAUCCCGGAGUGGCUAAUAGUGAUUGGAAUUUGUACUCAUUUGGGAUGUGUGCCGAUCGCAAAUGCUGGUGACUAUCCGGGAGGUUUUUACUGUCCCUGCCACGGUAGUCAUUACGAUAACGUCGGUAGAGCUCGCAAAGGACCCGCGCCUUUGAAUUUAGAGGUUCCCCCUUAUAAGUUUGUUAGUGACUCUCUAGUAAUUGUAGGAUAAACUAGUCAACAAAUACUUCUCUUGAAAUUAUAAAUAAAUUUUAAAUUCAGAUAUAUAAGUCCUCAUAAUUAAUUCGACACCACACUGUCAAUUUUGUUUUUAUUUUUAUUAAAUUUUACAUUAUUAUAGUAAAAUAUUUGAAACUGAUUAACAUAAUAUAUUAUUAAAUUGAAUCUCGAAAAAUUAUAGUGCCUCCCCGCUUCACCCCUUGGGGUAAAAGCCGACUUAGAGAUUCUCCAAAGAACAAGCGUUCUUCGAGUAUGAUAACAGUAUACUGCGAUCGUCAACCAUCGUGCUAAGCAUGGCGACUAUGGCUUUUUAAAGAUUAAUAAAUAGUAUUAUGACAAAUCUA